AUCGGAGAAUUCAGUCAUCAACAAUAUUGGCUAGAAGAAGUUGAAUAUUGUGUUCCAUUGAAUUUUUCACUACGGUCCCACAUUGCCGGAUUGUGUUUUCGAUGGCACGCGAUGCAAUCGACAAGAGAUUCUAAAGCAAACCUGCUGGACAAUGCCACUUUUGGUAUUUUCGAGAAGAUUAAUAAAUCCCCCUACAUUAUCACCGAUAAACCUCUAAGUCAGGUCGAGAAGCUAUUUCUGUUGCAUGUGGAACGGGGCGACACCAACACUGUCAAACGAUUGAUAAACGAAUACAAAGACAGGUCGGAGGAUUUGGAUGUCAAUUGCGUGGAUCCACUUAACAGGUCGGGUCUUGUUGCGGCCGUUGAGAAUGGUAACAUUGAAAUGAUUAAGCUGUUGGUGCAGCAUGUCGAUGUUAAGGACGGAUUACUUCAUGCAAUUAAAGAAGAAUUUGUUGAAGCUGUUGAAGUCUUACUUGGAUGGGAGGAACAACACCACGUACCGGGAACUUUAUAUAGCUGGGAAUCUGUGGAUUGCAGUUCAACGUUCACCCCAGACAUUACGCCACUUAUAUUAGCAGCCCAUAAAAAUAAUUACGAAAUUAUCAAACUUCUGUUGGACCGAGGAGCUACCCUUCCAGUUCCGCAUAAUGUCAAAUGCGGAUGUGACAAUUGCGUGAAAUUAUGCCAGGAAGAUUCUUUGCGACAUUCUCAGGCGCGUAUAAACGCAUACAAGGCUCUCAUUUCGCCGUCUCUCAUUGCGUUAUCGUCGAAAGAUCCAUUACUGACCGCGUUUCACCUGUCGGAAGAGAUGCGUAAAUUAAGUCGAAUUGAAACCGAAUUUCGGGCACAGUACAAUGAGAUGCGCAACCAGGUGCAGCAGUUCUCAACCUCACUUUUGGAUCACGCGAGAACGUCGUACGAGCUGGAAAUCAUGUUAAAUUACGAUCCAGACGGGGACAACUGGGAUCCUGGCGAAAAGCAAACGCUGGAACGGCUCAGGUUGGCAAUUAAGUAUAAGCAAAAGAUGUUUGUAGCACAUCCGAAUGUCCAGCAGUUACUAGCGGCGAUCUGGUAUGAAGGUGUACCCGGUUUUAGGCGGAAGAAAACGUUCUGGCAACUCCUCAGUAUAGGAAAGCUAAUCAUCCUGUUUCCGCUUUACUGCUUUGCCUACAUACUCGCACCGACGUCGAAGCCGGCGCGAUUUAUCAAGAAACCGUUUAUUAAAUUUGUCUGCCAUUCCGCCUCCUACGUUUUCUUCCUUGUUUUUUUAAGUUUGGCAUCCCAAAGGAUUGAACAUCAACUGAUAGAGUUGUUAGAUAUAGACUGGAUGAAGGAGAUGGCUUCCAGUUGGACUAGACAAGAAAGAGGGUCACUGCCUGGAAUUGCAGAAUCCGUCGUCAUGGUUUAUGUCAUAAGCAUUAUUUGGGCAGAAAUUAGAUCGUUAUGGACCAGCGGAUUGGAGCAGUACUUAACUGACUUAUGGAACAUUUUUGAUUUCAUUACGAAUGCGUUUUAUGUGAUCUGGAUUUCCUUAAGGUUUUCGUCUUACUGUAUAGUUUGGAAAGAGUUGCACCACGGACAGGACCCUUGGUAUCCACGAGAGCAGUGGCAAACUUUCGACCCUAUGCUCCUAUCUGAAGGCGCUUUUGCUGCUGGAAUGAUUUUUAGUUUUUUGAAGUUAGUACACAUGUUCGGCGUCAGUCCCCAUUUGGGCCCUUUACAAAUUUCCCUUGGCCGUAUGUUUAUCGACAUCGUAAAGUUUUUUUUCAUCUACACACUCGUACUUUUUGCAUUUGCGUGCGGUUUAAAUCAACUGUUGUGGUACUACGCAGUGUUGGAAAGGAACGAAUGCUUCACCAGGACCGGAAUGCCUGACUUCGACGAGCACGAAAAGGCGUGCACCGUCUGGCGAAGAUAUUCUAAUUUGUUUGAAUCCACACAGUCGCUGUUUUGGGCCAGCUUUGGUCUGGUUGAUUUGGUCACUUUUGACUUGACAGGAAUUAAGGCGUUCACUCGAUUUUGGGCCUUGUUGAUAUUUGGUUCGUACUCGGUGAUCAACAUAAUUGUUUUGCUAAACAUGCUCAUCGCUAUGAUGUCCAAUUCAUACCAAAUUAUAUCGGAACGGGCUGAUGUGGAGUGGAAGUUUGCCAGGAGUCGUUUGUGGCUUACUUACUUCAGUGAUUGUGAUACACUUCCGCCUCCAUUCAAUAUUCUUCCAACGCCAAAACUGAUAUGGCGCAUGCUGACACGUAGAAACCACAGCAGAGACGAACAGUCAUUUAAGAGAAAGUCUAGGAACCGAGCAACUGAAAGGCACGAUUUAGUCAUGGGGCUUUUAGUGAAGCGAUUUAUUACAGCCGAGCAACAAAGGAGAGAUGUGUACGGAAUUACCGAGGACGAUGUCAUAGAAAUACGACAGGAUGUGUCGAGUCUUCGUUACGAGCUGAUAAGCAUUCUUCAGGAUAACGGCAUGAAAACACCAAACAUUUCCGACCAAGACCCGCAAGUGUGCGGGAAAAAGGACAAAAUUAUGGAAAGGCGCAUCUUGAAAGAUUUUUACAUAGGCGCUUUGGAAGGAAUCGGCAGUAGUGACAAACCGAUUCCCUAUAAAAAUGUCUUUAGCCAUAUCGUCAAAGCAAUUCGGAGAGAAUCCCGUUCAAGUCGUCGAAAAAAAUGGAACACGUACGUUCGUAAUUCCAGAAUGAAGGAAAAUCACAUAGGUUCGUCCAAAGAAGCCGAUACCCUCCGACAUAAUAGACAAAGUUUGCAAAAAGCAAAACAAAUACUACCAGCUGAACUAUCGGAAGCGACAAGAAAAGCUUAUUUGAAGUUCAUGGCAAGCACCACAAGGGAGAAGAUCAAAGGCAACGUUAACCAAACUACCGAAAGCGGCGAAUUUGAAUUAAACAAAAGGAAUGCAGCAUUUUUUGAAGAAGAGAGGAUGGAGCAAACGACGAAGAGUGGGUGGAUGUAAUAAUAAUACACAAUCAGUGUGUAUGUGUUAAUUAUUUAAAUUUAAUAAAAACAUAAUUACA